AUGGAGCUUGAGGUGAGCUCGGUCGGACAGGAUGUCCAGGUGAUUGACCCGGACGUGCGAAUGCACGUUUACAGCCUGGUCACUGCCCUGGGAGGUUUCAAUGGCGAAGAUGCAGAUCGCUAUAUGCUGGGAGACGACGCGCUUUCGUGUCUUCGUGAUAUCAGGAGAUGGUUAAGGCUCUAUGAUCAGCGACAUAAUCGAAUGGAUGUUGUGCGAUGUCUUGGAGAAGCCAACUUGGUCAUGGGUGAUCUUCUGCCCAUUCUGUCGAUAUGGUGGAACAACGGGCAGAACAGCAAACAUUUGACCCGAGUCGCACUGGCUUGCUUGGAGUUGCUCGUGCCAUUGACUUGGCCUGCCGAGUACCACAGCCAGAUGACUGCGAAUCACCACCGACACACCCCGUACAUUCAACAGGCCCAAGUCCAGUACAAGCGCGGCAUUCUACGAUAUGGAGGCUCCAACCUUAUUCGUGCCGUCAUUCGUGUCGCCCUUCCGAGCAUGGCCAUUCCCCGCUCCGAGCGCGAGUCCCGGGAUGAAGGAAUUCUGAAAUUGAUGCUCUAUCUCCUACGAAAUAUUGCCAUCAUCACUACCAACGAGAGACUAGCCGCGGAAGGUGAUGAAGAAGAGACCUCAAGAUCGGCGACAAUCAAUGCCUUUCAGGAUCAAGAUGCAUUUGCGCUGAUUUUGACUAUGUGUUCGAAUGUUGCGGACGACUUUAAUCAGCAAGAUGUGGUUUUGCUGGAGAUUCUUUUCCACAUCAUCAAAGGUGUCAAUGUCGACAAGCUCUUCCUCAACGACGAGGAACGAAAAGCGAAGCGAUCGGAUGAGCUUAGUCAGUUACUUAAAAAAGAGAACCAAGUCAAGCGAGAAUACGCCCGAAACGCACCUACACGGCAUGGCAGAUUCGGAACCAUGAUUUGGGUCAAGCGAGACGAGCACAAAGUAAGCACUGUUUCCGGUCAAAAUAUCCUGCGAAAUGAUCAGGCCAGUCUUCAGAAGAUGGACGAGAGCAAGAAAUGGAAACGACCGGCGCGUACGCGCCGCAACAAGGACGAUUCCGUGCAAUACAAUGACUUUAAUACUCCUGUUUACCUGUCGUUGCUGGCGACGAAGAAUCUGCGGACAUUUGUUGAGGAAUUCCUUGAUUCUGGAUUCAAUCCUCUUUUUACACACGUUCGCAAAGCCAUUGAACGAGAAGCCGAGCGAGUCACUGCAAUCAACGCGCGGCAGUUUUUCUAUACGGUUGGCUGGUUCCUUGAGGCGGAGCGUGCUCGGCGAGCUCGACAGGUCGUCCAACGCGAGAGAGACGGCAAAUCUGCGAAAGACGUGGAGCCAGACAGCUUUGGUUUGGUAGCUGGCGUGCUGAAUCAGGAGACUUUUAUUUCGUUGAACCGGAGCAUGCAAAACAGUCUCGACAAUAAAGAAUGGGAUGACCUCACGGCUCAGAUGCGAUGCUUCACACAGAUCCUCCUGACCGUGCAAGAGAUGACCUUCUCGCCCUUGGAAGAGGACCAAGAAAUUGCCGACAAUAUUCAGAAUCGCAUUUUCUACGAAGAGACGACCCAUGACCGGGUACUCUCCAUCGUGCGAGGAUACAAAGACCAAGGAUUCGGCUACUUGGAUGCGGCAACAGAGUUGUCACAUGUCUUUUUGCGCAUGCUGGAGCGAUAUUCCAAAACCAAUGUGGACUUGCAAAUCCGAUCAAAGAGACGAGCCAAGAAACGCAAGAAGGCGGAAAAUGCUGCAACCGAACGGCCCGAGGAAGGAGACGGGGAGGCAGAAAACGACGAAGAAAUCAACUCUGAGGACGAGGAAGAUCUGAUCGAUUCGGCGCAGGUGAGCAAGGAGCGCGCUUUUGACUUCAAGCGAUUUGCUGCCAAGUUCUGCAAUCAAAGUUGCGUGAACACCUUUGUCGAGUUCAUCUCCUUUUAUCGAGAAUUGAAUUCGGAACAGCUGAAGCGCGCCCAUCGAUACUUUUACCGUAUCGCAUUCAAACAAGAGAUGACUACCCUGCUUUUCCGCCUGGAUAUUAUCAGUUUAUUUCACCGAAUGAUCAAGGGCCCCGGAGCGAUGGAUUCCAGCAAGCAGAUCUUCAAAGAAUGGGAGGAACUUGUCCGGCAGAUCCUGCGUCGAUUGACAAAACGAAUCGACCAGCGACCGGCUUUGAUUACGGAACUGCUUUUCAGCAAGAUGAACUCAACCAUAUACUAUCUGGAAUUCGGCCAUGAGAGACAGAGCAUGUCGACUGCGAAGCGACCUCCUGCUGAACUUCAUUUCAUCUCCAAGGAGACCCUCUCGAAAGAGGCCAAACAGGGUGUUGUCGCCGGUGCACUGGUUCUGGAUGGUCAGGCAGAUCUGGUUAAGUGGCUUGUCGAUGUUUUGAAAUCUGCUGCCUCGGAGCGCGAGGACUGGGAAACCAAUGAAGAAGUUCGCCGGGAGGAGGAUCCCGCGAGUGUCGACACGCCCAAUCCCCUGAUUCAUGUCAAACCCGGUGACGAGUUCAUUGAGAAUUCCAUGUUCUCCAAUCCCAAGUUGCGCCUCCUGAUGGAGUCUGUUGGCUUUGAACGGCUUGGCCAAGAAGAUGUGCGCGGCGCGCAAUGGGUCGUUCCAGCAAACAUCACCUGCGGCGAAUUGCAUGAGAGCAUCUCUGCCAUCAACAAGGCCAUCUUGAAUCCCAUGCUUGAGGGUAGCGAUGAGGACCCUCGCCAGCUGCUUCGUCGCAAAGAGACUAGUAGUGCCCGCGCGAGUCUCGCGCCGGGUACUCUGGACGUGAACUUUGGAGACGACUCGGAGGGGGAGGACGUUGUUCCUGACGGGCCACUUUUCCCACCAAACUUGCGAACCAAGUCCAAUGCAUUGGAUGAACUCAAGCAGAAGCGAAAAAAGAAGUCUCGAAAGAAUCAGGACGACGAAAUGGAGGCCGAGCCCCUGGAUGAUGCUCUCUUGGAAGAGCGUCGUCAAGCUCGUUUGGCAGCGGCCUUGGCGCGCCAAAACAAGAUCAAGAGUGAUCUCUUUAUUCACGCCAGUGACGAUGAGACCGAUGAAGAAGCUGAUCGAGAGUUCUUCCGUAUGGAAGAGAACCGACGCAGAGAGCAAGCAAUUAAUGUCACGAAGGCCAUGAUGCUUGGGGAUGCUCUGCAAAAAGAUGCGGAGAAGAACGGCGCGAGUCAUACCAAGAAACCCAGUGCGCGCAAGCGCAAAAAUGACAGCACAGCCACGCAACCCAAACGACGUCGCAAAUCGCUGUCUGACAGUGACGAGGACGAUGAUAUUCUCAUGGCGGAUCCAGACGAGAUGUCUCCUGAUUCUGCGCCUGAAGACUUGCCUGCUCGUGACACAUCACUCACGUCGGCCGAAGACGAGAUGAACUUUGACGAUGAUUUGGUGUUCAGUCGAGAUCGGGCGGCCAAAGCGGCGGCUUUGGUGAUUGAUGCAGGCAGUGAUGAUGAAGACACGCCCGUGGCACCGUCCAACCGUCGCACUCGGGGCGGAUUCGUGAUUGAUUCUGAUUCCGACUAG